AUGCCCACUGGGUAUAUUCGAAGCAAUGUGACUGGCUUUUUGGAGUGCGCUGCGGGCUGGUGGGGCAGUGCCAGCUCGUACUGCAGCCGGCAGUUCCCAGGCUGCGAGAUCGUCACUGAGCUCUAUGGUUGCUACGAGCUGCACCCAUGUGCAGUACCAGAGAUCGACUCUUGCGUUUAUGACUACUCCCCGAGCCUGACACUGUGGGGAGGUGAGAGCGCUACCAUCCAGUGCCAACGGCCAUACCGAGGAUUCCAAUCCUUUGCCAAUUGUCCACCAAACAACUUGGAUCCGCUGAGACCAUUUCAGUGGUUCCCGGGUGAAUGCUUUUGCCCAGACCCAUGCCCAAUCCCCCCGGGCUACUUCAAAACGGGGCCUGGCUAUGACAACUGGGUCUGCGCAGAGGGCUACACGGGCACCGCUGCCCUUCUUUGCGGAAGUGCUGCCACUCAAUGCCAGGAGGUGCCGAAGCUCGUGGGCUGUACUCGGAAAUUUCCGUGCGCGCCGUUGAACCUCACAUCCACACGUUGUGACGUUGAACUGACGGGUUGCGAGAAACUGCUGCCUGGACAGAGCUGCACCGUGGGAUGUGCGCCGCCCUACACUGGUGCGCCAAUCACGGCCAUAUGCCCCGAGGACAACAGCGAUGAAGAUGGCCAGCCACUUUUACAAGGAGAGUUGGACUGUGUCUUGGAAUCGUGCAACGCCACGGACGUGAUCCCUUGGGGCUACGUGAAGACGCAUCGGGGCUGGAAAUGUGGUGAGGGCUAUGCAGGAACACCGCAGCUACACUGCAGCUUUUCACCGGCGGGCUCCUUCGAGGGCGGACGAGGUUGCGGCUUUGAGAUGCACCCCACAGGUUGCAAGGUGAAAGUUCCCUGUGUGCCUCCGGCGUCUUUGGAAGGAUGCAAAUACGACACCUCGCAGUGUGGCUCUGUGACCCCAGGUGCCGAAUGCCAACUGAAGUGCCGAAAGCCCUACAGCGGUCUCGGCGUUUUUGCCACUUGUCCGGACGACAAUACAGAUCCUGAACAGGAGGUGAUUUUGCUGGGCAGCUUCUUAGAUUGCGAUUGUCCAGAUCCUGCGGCCGAAUUCAUCCCGGCGGGUUAUGUCAAACGGGAGGGCGAAUGGGUCUGCGGGCCGGGCUUUGCAGGCACCGCUUUGAAGCGUUGCGAACGCCCCGACACCUGCUUGGAGGAGCCGGAGUUCUUGGGAUGCUUGCCAUUGCAACCUUGCGUCAUUCCUGAAGUUGACACCUGCAUGUUUGACCUGUCGGACUGCAUCAACGUCAUGCCCAGUGAGAUUUGCCAGAUUUCUUGCGUACCCCCAUACAAGCAACAACUUCAGAAUGCUACGUGUCGCCCCGACAACACAGACCCGCUGCAACCCAUCGAGUGGGAAGCGGGCAGGUGCGAGUUGGAUUGGGAGGAUUGCGUGGAUCCACUUCCUUUGCCAAUGGGCUAUGAGAAAGCUGCGGAUGGUUUUCAUUGCGCUCCUGGUUACGUGGGAGUGGCGCAGGCCUCUCCCAUGGUUCACUGCGGACCAUGGCUGCCGUGCGAUGCGACGCCCAAGCUCACAGGCUGCUUUCCACUUGAAGCUUGCCGUCCUGUGCGCUUCGACGACUGUGCCUAUGAUGCCUCUCAAUGCCCAGAUGAUUUUCAGCCCGGCGAUGAAUGUCAGGUGCCUUGUAAGGCGCCCUAUGUGGGAACUGCUGCAGUGGCCCGAUGUAGCAGCAGCAACAUCGAGUGGCAAGGUGCCUUCGAGUGGGUUCCAUCCAAAUGUUUAUGCCCCAACCCCACGACCGUGCCAGAGGGAUACUUGGUCAACGCAUCCGGAUGGUUUUGUGAUGAGAACAAGAGCUACACGGGCACAGCAGAGGUGGUUUGCAGUCAGCCGGGCUUUUGCCUCUUGGAGCCCAUGGUCAUCGGCUGCGAGAAGCCUGGCCCGUGUUCUUCACCUUUGCUGGAUCACUGCCUCUAUGAUGCAAGCAGCUGCGAAGGCAUCGAAAUUUCACAGCAAUGUGUCAUCUCCUGUCGAGCACCUUACCUCGGCAUCUCGACAACGGCAUUCUGCGAAAACCCGGGUGGAAAGUUUGGCCUUCAGUACACAGAGCCGUCGUGCGAGCUAGACUUCUGCGCAGACCCCGAGCCUCCGCCGGGCUACGUCCACAAUUCCAGCGGCUGGUUUUGCGCUGAAGGCUUCGAAGGAAGGGCCACAAAGACUUGCGCCCACGACGUUUCCCGCGCCACGACCGCCAGGCUCUCAGGUUGCAAGCCGAUUCUUCGGCCUUGUCACCUUCCUGACUUGGACUGCAGGUACGACCUGUCCAACUGUAGCAUUCUGCCGGGGGAAUCUUGCGAAGUGAGAUGUUCCCCUCCCUUUGCUGGCAAGCCAAAGACUGCACUGUGUCCGGCUGGAAAUGUGUCAGAGGACUUGCUCCUUACGUUGCCUUAUUGCGACCUGGAGGGCUGCCCAGAUCCUGAUCCGAUUCCACCCGGUUACAAGAGAGUUGGAGAAAGUUUCACAUGCGUGGAUGGUUUCGUUGGGCAGGCUAUCACGCAGUGUCGUGAAUCCGCAGCCUGCAAGUACACCCUGUCCUUGAGCGGUUGCACCAACGCCACGGAGAUGUUUGUGUCAUUGACGCAACUUCGAGAGGCCCCUGCUCAACGAGACUUCUCACUGUGCCCAACAGCAGAGGCUUGCGGAGAACCAAAUGAAAUCCCCGAAGGUUACGACAAGUUCUUGGGCGAAUGGCGCUGUGGUGCCGGCUACGCAGGAACAGCUGCCAUCGGGUGCUCUCCGCGACGGAAUUGUCAGAGCACUGCAACACUCAGCGGCUGUGUGCCCAUUGAGCCCUGCUUACCCAUUAUCCCUGGGCCAGAGGACUGUGAUUUGAACGUGUCGGCCUGUCAAAGCGUUUUGGGUGGAGAGAGUUGCGAAAUCAGUUGCAAGGAUCCACCCUACCGCGGAGCGUCCACCAUCGCCACUUGCCCGGAGGGCAACAUCAACACGUCUCAAGUGUUGACCUGGACACGGCCAAAAUGUGAGCUGACGAAUUGCAUCCAACGCGUGGACAUCCCUGAUGGCUAUGUGAAGGACAGCGUACAGAAGUGGAUUUGCGCACCUGGGUACAUUGGCACACCCAACGUGGAGUGCAAAAUCAAUGUGACCACGGACGACUGUGAGGCGUAUUGCUUGUAUGAAGGCUGCUUUCCGGAGGUCAAUUGUACAGUGCCAGCUGUGGAUGCCUGUCGUUUGAAUUUCACCGAGAUGGGCAAUGCUCCGCGCCUCAACUGGACUGAACCCAACUGCCAAUGCCCAGAAGUCCCAGCGUCUGCCGGGUACGUUUGGGACAACGAGCAGGACGAGUGGCAGUGCGAAGAUGGUUACGGCGGAUCCGCCACGAAGAGAUGUCAACGUGGGGCUGAAUGCUUGGACGCACCGGAGCUCUUCGGCUGUUUGCCUGUGCAGCCUUGCAUUGCACCUCCCAGUCCUUUGUGCAGUCCUUUUGACUUGUCCAAUUGCUCACAGGUGCCUCCUGGAGAAACAUGCGAGAUCCUUUGCGUUCCACCCUUUGUGGGCCAUGCCAGCCUUGGUGAUUGUCCCGAAGGGAACCUCAUUCCACAUCGCCCCAUUUCGAUGCCUUCAGAGCUUUGUGUUUUGAGCUGCUCGGGGCCCCGGCAGCGAAUGGUGCUCCGCAGGUUGGGAGUGCGACUUUGA